AUGCCACUAUGCAAAUGGUUUGGAUAUCCUGAUUUCUUCAUAACCUUUACGUGUAAUCCCAAAUGGCCUGAGAUUAAAAGGUUUCUUACGGAUACUUCACUUCAACCAGAAGACAGGCCUGAUAUACUAUGUAGGUUGUUCAAGAUCAAGCUUGAUGCAUUCAUUAAAGACUUAAGGGAUAAUCAAAUUUUCGGCAAAGUUCAAGCAUAUGUCUAUACCAUUGAAUUCCAAAAAAGAGGUUUGCCGCAUAGUCAUAUAUGUCUAUUCAUGCAUUCUGACAACAAGCUACCAACUGUUGAACUUAUCGAUCCGAUAAUUUCAGCAGAGAUACCAGACAAAAUCGAAGAUCCUGGAUUGUAUUCACUUGUAAAUGAGUUUAUGGUUCAUGGUCCAUGUGGAGCUGAAAAUAUGAAUUGUCCAUGCAUGGUGGAUAAAAAGUGCUCUAAAAACUUUCCAAAACAAUUCAGUAAUCAUUCGUCUGUUCAUCAAAAUGGUUUUCUGUUAUAUAGGCGAAGAAACAAUGGUCAUUUUGUAGAAAAAUCAGGUGUAAGGUUGGAUAAUAGAAAUGUUGUUCUAUACAACAAAUAUCUAUUGAAAAGAUAUCAGGCACAUAUUAAUAUUGAAUGGUGCAAUCAGGGAUCUUCUAUAAAGUAUUUGUUUAAAUACAUAAAUAAGGGUCCUGAUAGAGCUACAGUUGCUGUUGUACCAACCAACAAUGAAUGUGAAAAUAAUGAUGCGGUCGAUGAAAUAGCUGAAUAUUACGAUUGUAGAUAUUUAUCAGCAUGUGAAGCAUCAUGGCGAAUUUUUACAUAUGAUGUUCAUUGCAGAUAUCCUUCUGUUUUCAGACUACCUUUUCAUCUUCCUAAUCAACAACAGAUUAUAUAUGGUGAAGACGAUGAUAUUGAUGAUGUUCUUGACAAACCUUCUGUUGCGGCUUCAAAGUUCACAGCUUGGAUGGAAUGUAAUGCAAUCGACAGUGAAGCACGAAAACUCACAUAUGUUGAAUUCCCUACAAAGUUUGUUUGGAUAUUAAAUGGUCGGUUUUGGAAGCGAAGGAAAGUAGGAAAAGCCAUCGGUAGAAUUCAUUCUGUUUCACCUAAACUAGGUGAGGCAUAUUUCUUAAGGAUUCUUUUAAAUAAAGUAAAAGGACCAACAUCAUUUGAUGAUAUUUGCACGGUAAAUGGUCAAACACAUUCUUCUUUUAGAGAUGCUUGUUAUGCACUCGGACUAUUAGAUAAUGACAAGGAAUACAUUGAUGCAAUUAAAGAAGCAAGUCAUUCUGGAUCUGUAUGUCAAAACCAGAAGUCGUUUGGGAAAAUACAUGGGAAUAUUUGGCAGAUGGAAUUCUAUAUAGACAACGACAAAGAUUUAAGUCUGCAGUUUCGUGCAGAAUUGUCACUCGGAGUAGAUGAACUUAAGAACUUAACUUUGUUCGAAAUACAACAAAUUUUACUUCGAAACAACUCUACACUCAAAAACUUCAAAAACAUGCCAUACCCAGAUGUUGAAUCCGUUUCUUCUUCAAACAAUCGGCUUAUCACCGAGGAGCUAGAUUACGACGUUCCCGUGAUAAAGAAUGACUAUGAUCGUAUGUUUCUUGCAUUAACAAAUGAGCAACGUAAUAUUUUACUAAACAUCAUGAGUGCUAUUCAAGAAAAUAAAGGAGGUGUCUUCUUUGUUUACGGUUAUGGUGGAAUGGGUAAAACUUUUUUAUGGAAAACAAUAUCUGCAGCAAUUAGAUCUGAAGGAAAUAUUGUAUUAAAUGUUGCUUCAAGCGGUAUUGCUUCCUUAUUAUUGCCUGGUGGUAGAACAUCACACUCUCGAUUUAUAAUUCCAUUUGAGCUUACAGAUGAUUCUUUUUGUAACAUAAAUCCAGAUGGUGAGUUGGCAAGCUUAAUAAGAAAAACCUCUUUAAUAAUUUGGGAUGAAGCACCUAUGGUCCAUAAGCAUGCAUUUGAAGCUUUAGAUCGAACUUUGAAGGAUUUACUAAGGUGCGUAAAUUCAACAAGCUCAAAUAUUCCAUUUGGAGGGAAAGUUAUUGUCUUUGGAGGAGAUUUUAGACAAAUUCUACCUGUUGUUCCAGGUGGCAGUAGACAGAACAUUGUAAAUGCUUCUUUGAGUUCUUCAUAUUUAUGGGAACAUUGCAAAGUCCAUAGAUUAACAAAAAACAUGAGGCUAACUGUUGGAAGGGAUCAAUCAGAUAUAGGAAAAAUAAGAGAUUUUGCAAAUUGGUUGUUGGAUAUAGGAGAAGGAAAACUUGGUGGUCCGAACGACGGUGAAACGAUUAUCGAUAUUCCGGAUGAUAUUCUCAUUAACGAUUCACAUGAUCCUAUAGGUUCCUUAAUUGAGUUUGUAUAUCCUUCAAUUUUAGAGAACUAUAGCGAUAUAAAUUAUUUCCAAGAAAGAGCGAUACUUGUUCCGAAAAAUGAAGUUGUCCAGAAAAUAAACGACCGUUUGCUUAAGAAGUUUCCAGGAGAUGAAGUUGAAUAUUUAAGUUCAGACAGCAUAUGUGAAUCCGAAUUUCUCCAUGAUCAAUUUGAUGCAAAUCUAUACUCUCCUGAUGUAUUAAAUGGUCUCAAAGUAUCCGGUUUACCAAAUCAUAAGUUAGUUUUAAAAAUUGGUGUUCCAGUAAUGUUACUGAGAAAUAUUGAUCAGAAAAACGGCUUAUGUAAUGGCACAAGACUACAGGUGUUAUCAUUGGGCAAACGUGUUAUUGAGGCACGUAUAAUAACUGGAACUAAUAUUGGAAAUCGGACUUUUAUUCAAAGAAUGUCUUUAACUCCAUCAGAAAAAAAGAUUCCCUUCAAAUUCACAAGAAGACAGUUUCCUUUGGCCGUAUGUUUUGCAAUGACUAUUAAUAAAAGUCAAGGACAAUCGUUAUCAAAUGUUGGUUUGUUUCUGAAAGAUCCAGUUUUUUCAUAUGGACAAUUAUAUGUUGCCUUAUCUAGAGUUCAGAGCAGAGAGGGAUUAAAAUUAUUAAUUUUAGAUAAAGAUGGCAAACUCACAAAUAAAACUUCCAAUGUUGUUUAUAAGGAAGUUUUUCGAAAUUUGUAG